GGUUUUAUCUUGUUUUCAUCAACACAAGUUUUUCUAAUUGUGUGUUGCUUCAUCCGCAAUAAUAUCUGCGAAGGAAACAUCAUGGGCCGCACAGAGUCAUCAGAGUCGUCGCCGGGCUUCCGCAAUGAUGAUCGUCUGUUGAACACCGACGACCUCAAGCACGCUUUGGAUCUCGCCGUGAACCUCGGCAAGCCGUGGACGGAGCGCAGCGAAGACGGCACCUACCGUCUCUUUCAGCUGCCAUUUUACUGCAAGAAGGUGCUGUGGGACGAUGGCCUGGCAAGCUCGAAGAACCCCACUUUUCAGAAGUUCCUCGAGAGCGACAGCUUCCAAGAGGCAACCAACUCGCUGGUGAAGGCGCUUGACAUGGACGGCGAUGGCAAGAUCACACCGAAGGACUUUCAAAUCAUGUACGACUCGAAGCUGACCCCGGCCCUCUCCGGUAACCGUGCCACGCUGGACAAGUGCCUGCCGUUUGUCGGGCAGUGCACGUUUGGCUUUGUCGUCGGCCUCGGCUUUGGCGCACUGACGCGCAAUAUGUACAAGGGCAAGUUCUGGAUCGCCGGCACCGGUCUCGCCAUCUACAGCGGCGUGCAGUACCUGGCGCAGCAGAACUUUGUGAACCAGAAGGUGCUGGAGGAGGCCUUCAGGGCGAAGGUGAAGGAGCUGGCAGAUGUAAACGGCGAUGGCGAGAUCAACCGGGACGACCUCAACUCACUGGUGCAGAACCGCGUGCGCUUUAUCGCCACGAAAUUGGGCCCCGGUGGCUUGGCGCCUGGGGUGGCGGGUUACGCGUCACUCGCGCUAGGCUUUGCUCGUGGUGUCCGCUGUAUCUGA